UCACAAUCUUUUCUGACACUGCAAAAUGAUGUAUUUCCGUCUAAUUUUGUUUAUAUUUUUGCUGUAUCAAGUGAGCGGUGAGUGUUAUAGAAUUUUUUAUAUAUAAUAUUUAAUUUUUUGUUAUUUAAAAACAGGUAUAUCUUUAUAUUUGGUUCUUUUACCUGUUUACAAAUUCAAAUUUCACAACUUGGGUUUUUACUAACAGUUACUUCAUUAUACAUUGCAGUGGCGGCUUGUAGUAAAAUAUUUUUUAGUAUUCUGCAAUGUUUCCAAAAAAACUUGUAAAAGUUGGGUCGUCUUUGUCAGAUUUCCAUUUUAUUGGUUUCCGUGUCGAAAUUAUGGAUUGCUGAUUGACAAUACACGAGAAAUUUGAUUUUCAAAAAGAACAACUUAAACAAUCGAUCUAACACCUUCAGUAACUUAACGAUAUUGAGAGUGAUGAAUUAAUGUAUAUUUCAAGACUCACAUUUAAUUGCCGGAAAAAGUUUAAAAAAGGUAUAAUUAUUAUGGGAAAUACCGUUUUUGCCAUGUCCGCGGAGAGCCAGCUCAAAAGGUUCACAACAUUUGAUAAAAUCGAUAAUUUUUAACCAUAUAUACCUAUCCUUCGACAUAUUUUCAUUACUUCUCUGUAUAUUGAUUCAAUGAACAGAUUCUAAUUGAGUCUUAAUAUUAGUUAAUCAGAAUAACUCAUAUUCUAUGCAAUUAUGAAGAUGACUUUUGAGCUUUCGUAUAUUUUUAAGGGCUCUAGAUCGUUGAUCUUUAUUUUCGUCCAAGCUUUAUCGCCAUCAAAAAGUAAACAGAAAAUACAACAUAUUGGUUGUAUCUACAAAUAUAUUGAGUAGAUUUUUUGAGUACCUACUUACACCAGUUUUGGUCUACCUUUCAUUAUUAACUGUAUCUUUUCCUUUUAUAAAUACGAGCGCCGUUUUUUUUCAACCUCCGAUCGUUCCGUGCAGACGCUACGCGAGGAGAAGAAAACGGCCAUCGCUGUAGGUGACUGCGAAGCUCUCGCACUACACACUCCGCCCUUGUUGACAUUCAAGUGUCAGUCGGCCUUGUGCUACAACCACGUAAACAUGUCCUCCAUUAUUAUUAUUAUACAUGCUCCCGUCAAGUGUGAAUUGCGAACUGUGAUUCGUUUCCUACAGGCUGGAGGCCAUAGUGCUGCAGAAAUCCAUCGAAGAAUGACUCGUGUGUAUGGGGAAAACUUCAUGAGUGAAUGUGCGUGAAUGGUGUUGAAAGUUUGAAAGAUGUGCGUGAUGAAGGGGGCCAAGGACGCAAAUCUGUCGUUUUUGAUGACAUGGUCCAACGAGUUCACAGAAUGGUUAAAGAAAACCGCAGAUUCACCAUUGGCAGCAAAUUUUUUUGAAAAAAGUAUUGAAAUUUCUUUGGUGAUUAUGUCGAAAAGUAACCCCUAUCGGAGGUUGAAGAGAAGACGCCCCUCAUAUUCUCUGAAUAUGAAACAACUUUAUACUACAAUCACUCUAUUAUAGUAUAUUGUUAUUCAGUGCAAAUCGUCCUAAAUCAUUAGACAGUUUGCUAAGUCGUGAAAAAAGUUAUUUCCUCGAGACCUAACCCACCGUGUCUUACGCGUUCUGCUGGACUGGAUGCAGCGAACUUUUCCUCCUAAAUCACUUGAACCACUAGGAUUAUAUCGUAGAUUAUCGAAAGAGAGCGUAGAGCACGUUCGUGUACCCCAAAUGAAUAAUAAUACUGCAAUAUUAUGAAUCGGAAGGUGAAUUUUUCAACUGGUCGAGUUUACUGCGAUGUUUAAUAAUACAACUGCGAGGCAUUCUUUUGGGGAAGUUAUUGAUAAUGUAUUAAUUUAAAUUAUUAUGAUUUAAAUGAUGUAUUCAUCAUUUUUUCUAGUUCUUCAUUGUUUAUGAGCUUUGCAGUACUGCAGCGUUUAUGUACUUGCUGCACUUAAUUCAUGGUGUCUAAACUUUAUGAAAAAUUAAAUCGACUUUUCGUUUUAGCGAAAUGUCCGGAUAUUAUUUCACGAAGUGGAUGGAACGCAAGUCCUCCGGGAGAUGUUACAUUUUUAAGAGAAAACCCUCCAUCAUAUAUAGUCGUUCAUCAUUCAGCAACAAAAUCUUGUAAUUCAAAACAAGAUUGUAUUCCAUUAGUAAAAAGCAUACAAAAUAGUCAUAUAAAUGAUAAAAAAUGGAGUGAUAUUGGUUAUAAUUUUUUGAUUGGUGGAGAUGGCAAUAUCUAUGAAGGUAGAGGAUGGGGUAUUCGUGGUGCUCAUAGUGUUCCAUACAACAAAAGAAGCUUGGGAAUCUGCCUUUUAGGAAACUUUGAAAUUGAUAAUCCGCACAAUAAUCAGCUGAAAGCUUUAGAGGACUUAUUAUAUUGUGCCCGAACAACUAAUAAAAUUUCUGAGAAUUACCGACUUAUUGGACAUGGUCAGCGAAGCAGUACAUUGUGUCCUGGAAAAAACUUAUAUAAUGUUAUAAAAACUUGGCCUCAUUUUGAUCCUCAUCCUCAAUAAAGUGGUUUUAAAUAAA